AUCGAUCUUAUCUCUCAUCCAGCAUCUAGUAGAGCUUUAUUAUGAAGCUCUCAAUUGUUCCCGCCCUUCUUGGGCCGGUCGGAGCUCUCCAAUUGCCCCUAUUCCAAGCUCCCCAAGCUUCUCAAGCUCCUCAGUCCGGGCUCUCCACAUCAAGCAAGCAGCUCAUCAGCUCGGAGCUGCUGCAGGAGCAAGUGAAGGCAGAAAACCUGCUCAAACGGGCCAAGGAACUCUACGAAAUUGCGAAGCUUGGAGAGGAGGAGUAUCAGCACCCCACGCGGGUUAUUGGCAGCAAAGGCCACCUCGGAACCCUGGACUACGUGUACUCCAACCUUGUUGAGCUCGGUGACUAUUACACCAUCACGAACCAGUCCUUCCCUGCGGUGACCGGUAAUGUUUUCGAGUCGCGCCUCGUCCUUGGCCACACGGUGCCGUCCUCAGCUACCCCGAUGGGCUUGACGCCCCCCACAAAGAACAAGGAGCCUGUCUACGGCCCCUUGGCGGCAGUCGCCAACUUUGGAUGCGAGUCGUCUGACUAUCCCCCCGAGGUGUCCGGUGCGAUCGCCUUUAUCAGCAGAGGAACAUGCCCGUUCGGGACCAAAUCCGACCUGGCCGGCAAAGCGGGCGCGAUAGCUGCGGUGGUGUACAACAACGAGAAGGGGGAUCUCUCCGGAACACUAGGCACGCCGACACCAGACCAUGUCGCCACUUUCGGCAUCUCUGACAGCGAUGCCGCCCCAGUCCUCGAGCAGCUGAAGAAGGGCGAGAAGGUGGACGGCAUUGCGUACAUUGACGGCAUCGUGGAGACCAUCAUCACCACAAACAUCAUCGCUCAAACCGUUGACGGCGAUCAGGAUAAUUGCGUCAUGGCCGGCGGCCACAGUGACAGCGUAGCCGAAGGCCCCGGUAUCAACGACGACGGCUCGGGCAGUCUGACCCUUCUCGAAUUAGCCACACUACUGACCCAGUUUCGUGUCAACAACUGCGUGCGUUUGGCUUGGUGGGCCGGCGAGGAAGAAGGCCUGCUUGGUUCGAACUAUUAUGUGGAGAACCUGUCUGCGGAGGAGAAUCGUAAAAUUCGGCUCUUCAUGGACUACGAUAUGCUCGGAUCGCCCAACUUCGCAUACCAGGUCUACAACGCAACCAAUGCGGUCAACCCCGUCGGGUCGGAGGAGCUGCGCGACCUCUACACUGACUACUAUGCGGCCCACGACCUCAACUACACCUACAUCCCGUUCGAUGGCCGCAGCGACUACGAUGCAUUCAUCCGUCAUGGCAUCCCCGGAGGAGGCAUCGCCACGGGAGCCGAAGGUGUCAAGACCAAGGAGGAAGAGGCCCUCUUUGGCGGUAAGGCUGGUGAGUGGUUUGAUAGCUGCUAUCACCAGCUGUGUGAUGAUGUCUCCAAUGUCAACCUCACGGCAUGGGAAAUCAACACGAAGCUUGUGGGUCACUCGAUCGCGACCUACGCCCGGUCGCUUGAGGGCUUCCCUGAACGGACUGAUGCGGAUGUCAGCAGCUUCUCGCUCGAGCCGCGCAAGUACAGCGGCCACCGCCUGCAAAUGUAGACGAUAGACCACAUAACUUAGACUCAUCUUGGUUAGAUAGAGACUUGCUCCCGGUUGCUUUUAUGUGGAGUAACUCUACAUCUGGAUUUAUGAUCAAUACAUGAACAUCGUUACGCCAUCACUGAAUACCGACGUUGGG